AUGCCGGAUCGGUACUGGGUCAUCUUUAGUACGUCGCUGGCGUUCGUUCUCUGCAACAUGGAUAAGGUGAAUCUGAGCAUAGCGAUUAUCCCGAUGGCGCACGACUUCGGCUGGUCCGCCACGACGGUGGGCGUGGUGCAGUCGUCCUUCUACUGGGGUUAUGCGCUCUCGCUGCUGCCCGCCGGCUGGCUCUGCCAAAAGUUUACCGGCACGCGCAUGCUGCGCGCGGGCGUGCUCAUCUGGUCCAUCGCCACUGCUGCCAUCCCCUCGGCUGCCGCCUUCCUCCCCUCCCUCCUCUUCUCACGUGUUGCCGUAAGUCCACGAACGCCCACUUUCGAUGGCUUCUCUCCCUCCUCCUCGCCCACCCUCCUUCAAGUCCUCCUCAUCACUCUCCUCCUUCCACUUACCUCACCCUUGGCUCCCUCCCACUCUCCCUCCCCCUCCCGUUUCUAG